AUGGACACCAACAAAAAAGUCGUUGAUGAGGUUACUGGUUAUCUUCGAGUUUUUGAAGAUGGCACUGUUGACCGGACAUGGACAGGUCCACCUGAGCUUGGGUUCUUGAUGGAAUCAGUCCCACCUCAUGAAAACUUCAAAGAUGGGGUGGCUAUCCGAGACCAAACCAUUGAUCCAAAGAGCGGCCUUGCUGUCCGGAUAUACAUUCCAGAGAAGGACCAGAAUGGCCAAAACAAGGGCAAGCUUCCUGUGAUCCUUCAUUUUCAUGGUGGUGGUUAUUGUAUCAGCCAACCGGAUAUGUACAUGUACUACCACUACUAUACAUGGCUUGUACGCUCUGCUCAAGCCAUUUGUGUCUCGGUUUACCUUCGCCGUGCCCCAGAGCAUAAGCUCCCGGCUCCAAGCGAGGAUGCUUAUGCUGCAUUUCUAUGGCUUCGGGCCAUUUCUCGUGGUGAAUUAUCCGAUCAAUGGAUCACAGGCUACGCGGAUUUUAGCCGAAUAUAUUUAGUUGGGGAUAGCACUGGUGGAAAUUUAGUUCAUCAAGUAGCAGCUCGAGCCGGGUCGGAUGACAUUGAACCGUUGAGGAUAGGUGGUGGUGUGGCUAUACACCCUGGUUUCAUGCGAUCCGAGCCGAGUAAAUCACUUUUGGAAUCACCAGACAAUCCAUUAUUAACACGUGAAAUGGUAAACAAGUUCAUGUCAUUUGCUUUGCCUGUUGGUAGCACUAGGGACCAUCCAAUUACGUCCCCAAUGGGUCCAGAAGCACCACCACUAGCCAAUCUGACGCUUCCGCCAAUGUUGAUUGUGGUGGCGGAGCUUGAUUUGCUUCGCGACGGUGAAUUGGAAUACAUUGAGGAAAUGAAGAAAGCUGGCAAGGAAGUUGAGGUAAUGAUGAAUCAUGGAAUGGGUCAUAGCUUUUAUUUUAAUAAGACCGCCAUCGACAUGGAUCCAGAGACUGCUUCUCAAGCACAGAAACUAAUUGAAGAGAUAACAAGCUUUAUGAAUAGGCAUUAA